GUGGAGCGGUUCCCGGCCCAGGGGGGCAAGGAGUGCCCGCAUUCCCUCAUCGAGACGAGGGGGUGCAACAGCCGGGCGUGCGACGAGAAGGACUGCGAGGUCAGCGAUUGGACGGGGUGGAGCAAGUGCUCCGCGGCGUGCGGCGCUGGUUUCCAGAACCGCUCGAGGACGGUCUCGCGCCUCCGGAGCCUCGGAGGCGCCGGCUGUGGCGAGGCGCUAGCGGAGUCGCGCGCUUGCGCAGGCCUGCCCAGCUGCGAGGUGAAG